AAAGCCUGGAAAAGUGUGGGAAUCACUUUAUUAUAUUCAUACUCAUUCUAUUCCUAUACAGUUUAAUAUCAUAGAACCUAUAAAACUAUUCAUUAAUUAAUCCCAGAGAAAUCAAUUGUCAGAAUCUCAUUAAUUGCAUUUCCCACAUACCAGUAGAAUUAUUUCUUCAGGUUGCAUUCCAAGUGUUUGAAGAAAUGCCUGAACGAUGGUUUCACUCAUUUUUACACGUACCAAUUUCUUGAAACCUCCUGUUUUCAACACCCUUUUGAGUUUUUCACCAAAAAGAUUUCAUUGCAGAAGAAAAGCUGUGAUUUUUAACCUUGUAUUGGGAAAAAAUAUGUGUUCUUUUCAGUUUUUUAAUAAGCUUAGGAAGGAAAGAACUGAGGAUAGUGUAUAUUGUUGGUGCAAGAAAGGGGAUAUGGAGCUGGAAGAGGAGAUUUUGGCUUUCAUGAAGUUAUCUGAGAAUCCAAAUGCUUUUCCAACAAGGAAAGAAUUGGAAAAAGCUGGAAGAGUUGAUUUGAUUGAAGCUAUAAAAAAGAGAGGAGGGUGGUUUUCGUUCGGUUGGGAAAUUGAGGAUGAUGAUAAAAAUGUGAAUGCUAAUGAAGUUGAGACUGUGGAAAUGGAUUUUGACAUUGAGGAGUUUCAUAGAAGAGUGGAGAGUUGUCAAGACAGUGAUUUAUUACAUGGGAAUGAAGCUCAUUUGCCUGCCUCGUCGUCUGGUAGAUCGAUAGAAACUGUAGCAGAGGAAGAUAGCGGGAUUGAAGGGAUAUUGAGUCGACUAGAAAAAGAGAGAAACUCAUCUCUCGGUAUUGAUCUGGGAAAACAUGGACAUAUUUCUCAUACUUUAAGUAGGGACAACAUAUAUGAUAGAAGCUUUGGAACCACUGAUGCAGACAGGACUGACCUAGGAAAAAAUGGUAGCCUCAGUAAAGGUAGGCCCAUGAAAGGUAUUCAAAGUGAUGGGGAGCUUAACCAUAGCGUUUCACCAGCCAUGUGGAGAAAAUGGAGCAUACAACGCGCAGGCCCUCAGGAUAUAGAUUUUGAAGCCGGUGAGGUUGCCCUGGGUAAAAGUUGGAUUGAAGGUACAACCGAAACUUUGGGAGAUGAUGUAGUUAAUAUCACAGAGAAGAGAAGCAAAGCUUUACAAAGACUGAAAAAUGACAACCACAAUGAGAUAAGCACUCGGCUUCAACAUUUAGAGCUUGAGCUAUCCUUGACACUCCGCUCAUUGAAAUCCAAGAGCGAGGAGUUAAGUUCGAAGGAGGUUUUUGGAAGCUCUCCAAGUGAUUUGCAAAGGCUUUCUGAUGCAUGCGAGUUUCAGGAGAAUGAAAUCAUGAGUGCCCGGGAGAGAUUGAGGUUGAUACGUGCUCAGCUGGCUGUGCUCGAGGGGAAAAUGUUACUUGCAAUAAUUGAUGCGCAGAAGAUGUUAGACGAGAAGCAGAAGAGGAUUGAUAGUGCUAGUAAAGCUUUGCAGCUUCUUCGUACUGCUCGGAUUGUUUGGACUAACUCAGCCUCAGAGGUUCUUCUGGCGGGUUCAUUUGAUGGAUGGACAACUCAGUCAAACCAAGACAAAUGAAACGAGGGAGUAGCAAAAAUCAGGAUUUUUUCAACUUACUAGUCCAAAUCAGAUACAAAGUAUCAGUGAAAUGGAGACUUCAUAAGCCAAGUCCUUGCUGGGGAACUUUAGAAGAUGGCAUACAAAGUGUUUUAAUCUUGUUUUCCAGAAAGUCGCUUGGCAAGUUAGGAGAGGAACUAGAUAAUAAUAUUUUGAAUACGAGUUAAAGAGUUCUGCACCGUCAAGUAGAUCUUGCGAAGGUUGUUCCUAAAGCAUCAAAUGUCUUGAAGAAUGAUGGCGGUGUCUUAAUAAUGAAAACUAUACAUCUCUAUUUCCCCUUCCCCUAAAAGUCCUUGUACGACCGUUGUGAUGUUGAUUUCAAGGGGCUUCUUGUCCUUGACUAGCAGCAUGAUACGAUGCAUUGAAAUGCAGAGAAAGAUGGAAAAAUUGCACACGGGUGUUUUUGCUGUAAGCCUAAAGUUGUAUCCAGGCAGAUAUGAGGUGGGUUUUAUUGAUUACAAUGAAUUUGAGAUCAUUACUGUGUUAUCCUGUCGUAUAUCGAGCCUCGCAUUUCUUUUCGUGCAGAUCAAGUU